GACAUUGGAUAUCGACAUGCACGAUUCUCCCUUAGCCGGACCCCAUUCGCAUAAAUCCUUCAAGAGAAAGUAUAAGAAAAUGCACGCGAGAUUCAGAGAUGUGCAUGGAGAUGAAGACGAUCUCAAGAAACAACUACAAAAAGCACGGGAGUUGGCGAGGAGGGUCGCGCAAGAGAAUGCACAUUUAUUGGAUUUGUUAUCGGAUCUUAACGAGUUGGACGACACCCCACAGAAAAUCAUACUCCCACUACCUCUGGAAUCAACACCCGAACCCUCAGACCACAUCCCAACAUCACCAGCCAGCACACCCCGGCACCUCCGUGACCUCUCACCCUUCGAUGACUACAUAACCGAAUUACCACCAACAGACCCCACCCCGACAACUGGAGGCCCAAUACUGGUGGUUAAGCAACACUCAACAGGACAAGAUUCGCGGGGUGUGAGUCCGGUCGAUGACUACGAUCCCACUCCUGUGAAGAAACCCACCAAGAAAGCAUCAGGGACACCCGCGACAGGGGUAGAUCGACGGAAAAGUGUGAAACGCAAGAUCGUAGAAGGGCAGGGGGCGAAGGCGGGGUAUAGUCCAGAGCCUGAGGAGAGAGAGGGAGCAGCAGGGACGGGCGCGCUUGGGAGGAAGAGGAAGAAGAGUGUUAGGGCGCUGGAGGCUGAUGUUUGAGGGUGGUAAGAAUGCUAUGAAUGAGACGGAGCGCUGGGAUGGAGGGCAUGUGGUAGGGGGAUAGGACUUGAAUCUUUGGCUUGCGUACGUCAGGAAUGUAGCUCGAGCCCUACAAAUAGAACAGCCGCAGCUGCGGGAACGACG